GAGCGCCAAUCGUUAGUAAAAGUAGAGCAAGAGAAAACCUUUCAACGAGUUAACAUUUAAAAAUAAAAGAGUUAAAACCCGAUCACCGUAGCGGACUGUUACCGGAUCAACACUAAGCGAACAAAGGACCUAAACUACCGAGCUAAAACGCAGAGCGGAUUCGUAUCGUCUUCUUUUGUAUAUCGCUAUAUGUAUUUAGACUAUUCAUUUUCUACUAUGGUCAUUAUGGAAGUAUCCACCAUCGACUCUGUCUUGCUCCGCGAUCUGUUGGACGGAGAUGAUCCGGACUGUCUGGUUUUGGACUGUCGCUCUUUCUUCUCGUUCAGCUCGUCUCAUAUAUCGGGCUCCACGAAUGUACGCUUCAGUACGAUAGUGCGCCGGAGGGCCAGAGGGGGUCUAGGGCUCGAGCACAUUGUGCCAAAUGAGGAUACGAGGAACAGACUAUUGUCCGGGGAAUACCAGAGUGUCGUGUUCUUGGAUGACCGCAGUAUUGACAUCAAAGACGUGAAAAAAGACGGCACUUUGAUGCUUGCCGUGAACGCGUUGUGUCGCAAUUCAUGUGGAGCAAGUGUGUUCUUUCUUAAAGGUGGAUUUGACACAUUUUCCUCUGAGUUUCCCGAAAUGUGUACCAAGCAAGUUACCCCACAAGAUUUGACUUUACCUCUGAGCUCGAGCCGUCACUCCAACACGGUCGAGUCGUCCUGUAACGUUACAACUCCUCUGUACGAUCAGGGUGGCCCGGUAGAAAUCCUGCCAUUCCUAUAUUUAGGCAGCGCCUACCACGCUUCCAGAAAAGACAUGCUGGACAUGUUGGGAAUCACGGCCCUCAUAAACGUCUCUUCCAACUGCCCGAACCACUUUGAAGACCACUACCUGUACAAGAGCAUUCCCGUUGAGGACAACCACAAAGCCAACAUCAGCUCCUGGUUCAACGAAGCCAUCGAAUUUAUUGAUUCAAUACGGAAUAAGGGUGGACGGGUCUUCGUUCACUGUCAAGCCGGGAUCUCGCGCUCCGCCACCAUCUGUUUGGCUUACCUGAUGCGCACCAACCGCGUGAAGCUCGAGGAGGCCUUUGAGUUCGUCAAACAGAGACGCAGCAUCAUCUCGCCCAACUUCAGCUUCAUGGGGCAGCUCUUGCAGUUCGAAUCCCAGGUGCUGGCGUCUUCCACCUGUUCCUCGGCGGCAGGGAGUCCCGCCAUUGGCAAAGGCACCACAGUGUUCAACUUCCCGGUUUCCAUCCCCGUCCGCACGGCUGCUAGCCCUCUUUCCUUCCUUCAGAGUCCCAUCACUACCUCGCCGUCCUGCUGAGAUCUUGUCAUGAAGUGGCUGGACUUGUUUCCUCACCCUUUGACCGGGGAGGGUUUUAUUGUUUUGAUGACUUAUAUGAUCCCUGGGGUGAUCUUUUCAGUAUUAGACUUUGGAACUUUUGGUUCCUUGGUUGCUACAAAUAUUCCACGAUUGCUCGCUAUUGGAGGUCCAGCUCUGGUGUUUUUAACAUUUCAAUACAGUGCUCCAUACUUGACUAAACUGAUGUAAAGUUCGGUGUGAUGAUGACCAAGUGAAACACUUAGCUGUUUGUGAAUGUGAGAGUCUUUGUGUGUGUUUUUAUUUUUUUAAUUGUGAGUGUUUGACUUGGUUAAAAUUGAUAAUCAUUGUUUUUAUCUACCCCAUGUCUUGCAGGUUACUCAGGGAUUGUUUUUUUAUUUUUUAACAUUGGUGUCAUUAUGAGACAGGAAGUCGUUAGACUUAAAGGUGCUAAUCUCAUUGAGUAUUCCUGGUUUCUGAACAAUGAAUGUAGUUAACACGUCUGUGUAGGUGAUCUGUGCCUUAAGACUGUAGAGGUUAAAUCGAUUAUUUCUGAGCCUUUCAGAAAGCAAUCGGUACAUCAAGGCCUUUGUUCCUCUUUAAACAAACACACAGAAUACCUCAUGUGUCUGUACUGUUGUCUGUCCUCCCAUAAGCACUACUAACCGGAGAGACUUUUAAAAGUUUGUUUUGAUAUUUGUGACUAUUUAUUGACUAAAGUAAUAUAUUUCUUAUGCUAUAUUUUUUCAUAUGUUUGUGAUACCUGAUGCCAACAAAUAAAACUUUUCAUACAUA